AAAACUUUCAUUGCUCUGCGUUGCGUUCACAACAAAUAUAAAGUUUAAUUAAGUUUUUAUUUUAUAUUAGGCUACUUCCUAAGUACCUAAAUAUAUUAAACUGUACAUAAUAGUUUGAGGUCGUAUAUCGUCGGGUAACAUUUAUCACGCCGGCGGCCGGUAACGUACAGACUGAGCCGGAUUCCCCCGGGUUAGGAACAUGAACAUCAGCGACGCCGACGAGGAGGCGGGCCGAACCGAGCCGUUCUUACCGGACAUCAACGGAACCAAACGGAACGCCGCGCAGCAGCCGAGGACAGUGAAGAAGAUGAAGAAGACUGAUGGAUCGGGACAGACCUUGCGCACCUUAUCCAAGAACGACAUCGGCCAGUUCAGGAAUAGUCCUCAACAUAAAGUAUGCGUGGAGCUUCUGCGUAUGGGCUACCAUAGGUCCUUCUCCGAGCUGUACUCUCUGCUGAUUGGCUGUGAGGAGAGGUGUCUGGAGCAGCAGCAGGACUCGCUAGACGCCCUACAGGUGCACCUGAGCAGAGCCGAGGACGCCCAGCGCACAGGUGACUGGGCCGGUGUGUGUGCUAGCCACCUGUCUCUAGCCGGGCGGCCGUGGGCUCCAGAGGAGCAGUGGAUCAGCCUCCACUUCUACCAGCGGAGCCUGGAGGCGGCCCUCCGGCUCCCCUCGGCCCACCAUGAGACCCUGGUCACCAGCAGGCUGGCCGCCCUCCACCUCCAGCUGGGAGAUCUGGAGGAGGCCAGGCGCUACAGUGAGAGGUUUCUGCAGCUGGCUGAGGCUGAGAGAGAGCAGACUGAUCCUAUGGAAGGAGGACCUGAGAGAGAGCAGGCUGAUCCUAUGGACGGAGGACCUGAGAGAGAGCAGGCUGACAUGGAGGGAGGAGGACCUGUGAGAGAGCAGGCUAGCAGACUCCUGGUGCAGGUGUACAUCCGUCUGGCUGAGCUUCCUGUCUACCAGCCGAGAGCCAUAAAGCUCCUGCACGAGGCCUACCACACCGCUACACACUGUGAUGAUAGCAGUGUUAAAGGGGAGGCGGCCUAUAAACUGGGACUGGCCUAUCAGAGAACAGGAGACCACUCCUCUGCUUUGGAGUUUCUGACGGUUUCCAUGGAGAACUUCAGACUACUCCAGGAUACAGAUGCCCUGGGGAAAACCUAUAAAGCUCUUUCUCAGAGUGAGCAGAUCACUACGGUGAAAGUAGAGUACCUGGAGAAGUACGUUGAAGUCUCCCAUAUCCACGGUCACCAAGGCAACCUGCAGGAUGCCUACAUGAGUCUGGGAGCCUCCUACGAAUGUCAGGGUCAGUACGGCAGGUGUAUAGAGUACUACCAGCAGGGCUACGACCUGGCCUGCAGUCUGGGUGAUGUGGAGAGGAUCCAACGGGCACAGGUAUUGGUUGGCUGUGCACGUGCUCACAGCCUACCAUGGAGUUACGGUACUGAUUGGAAGUUGGCCACGCCCACCUCCCAGAGAUAGCCAAUCAGAACUGACCAUCUCAACAGCUGUCUGUCUGAAUAUUUUUGAUGAGGAAGAGCAGGCAUGGAUGAAGAUCUCACCAAACAUUCCCACAAUAAAGAUCUGAU